AUGCGCGGCGUCAAGAAGUCCAGGACCGGUUGCCUCACUUGCAAGGAGAAGAAGCGCAAGUGUGAUGAGAAGAAACCAGCCUGUUCUCGCUGCGUCAAUAGCAACCUGGUGUGCCCAGGCUAUGCCCAGAAAAUCCGAUGGAGAACCGUGCACACACCAAAAACCCCAUCAUCCAUCGACUCACUCAAGUCCGAGCGCAACGAUGCUCGUUACAAAUUCAUGCGCACACACUCUUCACCUCUCCAAUCAGAUGCUGGUCUAGACGAAGCCUGGCGAGCUGAGCCAUUUCUUGAGGACUCGGUCCUGCAGCCCGAUGGUGCAUCAACCCUCGACGAUUUCCCUUUCUUCAAUUUAUACCCCCGUGAUGCCGACCUUGGUCCGCUGUGGGAUCACGCAUACCACGAAUUCAUACCCUUUGAACUUUCCGAUUCAUUGCCCAUGGUGAACGAUCCCGUGGAGCUACCACUUUCACCUGUUUCGGCCGAGAACUCUUCCACUCCGGAAUACACCAGGCACUGUUCCGAAGAAACCACUCUAAAGGAGCUGGAAUUCAUCUCGGAAGCAAGCAUUGAGCUUCCUGUCCCAGAAUACACACGUAAGGCCUUGAUUGACUUCUAUCUUGACGAAGUCGCCGGCACGCUCUCGUGUUUCGACGGGCCGCUCAAUCCUUUUCGGAGCAGCAUCCUAGGCCUCUCGGAUACCAGCCAGCCUUUGGCAUGUACGGCUCAAAGCAUGGCUGCCGCGUGCUUGGCCCAGACCUCUCACCAGCACAGAUCCUUGGCGAAGCAGCUGCAACAGGAGGCUGAGUUGGGCGUCUGGGAUAUUAUUGAGCGCGGGGAGCCGAAUUCCACGACUGUUCUCAUUCUGAUCAUGCUCGGCUGUUCGGCCGAAUGGCAUGAUCCAAAUGACCACGGCGAGCGGUAUUGGGCACAAGCACUGGAGCUCCUACAAGCUCUCUCUGCAUGCAUGGAGAUCUCGGCUGAGGACCAUCACUUUUUCCGCAACGCUCUGGCAUACUGGCGGCUCUCAAACUCCUUGUGCACCAAAGACGAGUUUCUGGAUGAAAUACCAAAUGCUGGACAGCACGCACAUUCUAUGGUUACCUGGAACACCCCUCAUCCGUGGACUGGUGUGUCCGAAGCUCCGAUCCGUCUCCUGGGCCGCGUCUCCAACCUGGUCAAGUCCUCAGGAAGCCACGGUAUACCCAUCUCGACUGGAAAGGCAUUGCAAGAACACCUGCAGGAGGCAGCACAACUGGAGUGCGAACUCCUGCGCCUGCGGCUUCCUGAUCAAGACCUGAUUUUGCAUCCCCGUGAUGAGCGAACGCCCACGUCACACCUGGUCCAGGUUGGAGAGGUGUACCGGAUCUGUGGACUUGUUCGGCUGUACCGCGGCUUCCCACAUCUUCUGUGCCGCUCUGAUCACAGCGUGAAAGCCUCCAGCCCAUCUUCAAUAUCUACCGUCUUAUUGCGGAUCCCGGGCCGUGGACCUAGCUUUGAUGUAGACAAGAGCCUACGAGAUCUGGCCAAGUGUGCUCUUGGUAUUCUGGAGUCCAUUCCGCUUGAGUCCGGCGUACGAUUUGCGCAGCCCUUCCUUUUGACCACACUGGCGAACGAGCUGCGAGUCUUCGACCAUCGGGGCUCAGUCUUCGGGCUAUCAAGCACAGAUAUGGAAGUCCUACGAGCAAGGCGACUCGUCACCAGCCGACUGAGUGCUCUGGAUGCCCAUGUCCCGCCAUACCGGAUGAAUGCCAUGAUCGACUAUGUGAAGAAGCUGUGGGAGGAAAUGGAUGCUGAUGAUGGUUGA